AUGCCUAAAGUCAAUCGUACACUUGCUCCCCGUCCAUCAAAAGAACACGCAGAUCUGAUUGCUAGAUUAGAUGCAAUGCAGCAAAGCCUGAAGGAUAUGGAUUCCAAAAUUGGCUACGUUGUCAAAGGCAACGCUGAUGAUUUAGAAGUUCUGGAUACUCUUACUGGAACUUCUGAUAAUGUUCUUGAGAUUGCUCCCGCCUCUGCUCCUACCUCUGCUCCCGCUGCCACUUCUACUGAUGUUAAUCAAGAAGUUUACAAUCGACUUUUUUCUCUUAUCCGAAGCCGAUUAAGGGAUCCAAAAUUCAGAUCAAAUGAUGCAGCUUUGAUUGCAGCAAAUGACAGCAAGUCCAGUUGGAAUACUGAAAUUCAUUUCAAUCGUUCCCUUAAUAAAGAACUGACACUUGCACUUAUGGCUUACCUGAAGCCAAAGUUUGCUGCGGGUAGGCUUAGGCCAUCUGAAAUCCACAGUAGUAUUUAUACUAACUUUUGUGGAAGAUGUUCUGCUGAACGAAAGUCGCCGUCAGCCCUUGAUGCAGGAAGAUCAAGGUCAAGGAGAGCAAGUCGAGCAACCACUAACUUUGACUGCCAUGAGCUGGCCUACAGUAUAUACAAGGCUGACAUUGAUACGUUGAUGGGAAAGGAUUGCGAAGGGCUCAUCAACAAGGCAGCAAUGUCUGAGGAUGAGUCGAAGGAUGAGAUACCUGGAGUUCCAGGCAAUUGUGUGCUCUGUACAGUGCGUCCAUUCUGGAGAAGCGAUGAGUACAAUCAGUUUCUGGAGCAUGUUAACAAAGCCAUGCUCAGAUGCUUGAACCUAAAUGUGCGCCAGAUGGCAAAGAAGACCUUUGGCAGAGAUGCUGAUUUAGCAGUCCCGAGUCAACUGAAGUACUCUCUUCCCCAGUGGGCUUUCAGAGAUAAGCUCUAA